AACAGGGUGAAAAAUCAACAAAAUACUUUUUCUCCAGAUACAAGAUCAGAAAAGCACACUCUGUCUUAAAGGAUAUUAAAAAUCCUGACGCUCCAACACAAUCUAUAGAAAAUACUCUAAAGUAUAUUAGAGACAAAUAUGCCAAAAUUUAUGAGAAAAAAAAUAUCAACCUUGACGUAGCCAAAAAGAUUACAAAUAACUUACCUCAAGUUUCUUCAACACAUAACCAAUCUCUUUUGAAAAGAGCCCACAUAAA